CUUCCCUGCUUCCCUCCCUCCCUCCCCACCCCCGCCCCCCACUCCUGAUCCGAGAGUGCAGGAGGGAAAGGAAGCGGAGGGCGCGAUCCCCCCACAUCCACCCGGGACUAUGCCCAGCUCCUUGUUUGCCGACAUGGAGAGGAAUGGGAGCGGAGGAGGCGGUGGUGGAGGAGGAGGAGGCGGGGAGACCCUGGAUGACCAAAGAGCCCUUCAGAUCGCUUUGGAUCAGCUCUCCCUGCUGGGCUUGGACAACGACGAGACGGGCUCCCUUUACGACAACGAGCCGCGCAAGAAGAGCGUGAACAUGACCGAAUGCGUCCCGGUGCCCAGCUCGGAGCAUGUCGCCGAGAUCGUGGGCAGGCAAGGUUGUAAAAUCAAAGCGUUGCGGGCCAAAACCAACACCUACAUCAAGACCCCGGUCCGCGGGGAGGAGCCGCUCUUCGUUGUCACGGGCAGGAAGGAAGAUGUGGCCAUGGCCCGGAGGGAGAUCAUUUCGGCGGCGGAACACUUCUCCAUGAUCCGCGCCUCCCGGAACAAAAACACCGUGCUCAACGGCACGGUGCCCAGCCCGCCCAACCUGCCGGGCCAAACCACCAUCCAAGUGCGGGUGCCUUACCGGGUGGUGGGCCUCGUGGUGGGGCCCAAGGGGGCCACGAUCAAGCGCAUCCAGCAACAAACGCACACCUACAUAGUGACGCCCAGCCGCGACAAAGAGCCCGUCUUCGAGGUGACGGGCAUGCCGGAGAACGUGGACCGCGCGCGGGAGGAGAUCGAGGCGCACAUCGCCAUGCGCACGGGCGGCAUCAUCGAGCUCACCGACGACAACGACUUCCACGCCAACGGCACCGACGUGGGCUUCGAGCUGGGCGGCGCCGGGAGCCUCUGGAGCAAGCCCACGCCGCCCCCUCCGCCGCCGCCCCCUCCUCCUCCUCCGCCCCCUCCGCCGCCCUCCUCUUCCAGCAUCACCCCGACGCCGGGCCGCAAGCCCUUCUGCAGCUACCGCAACGACAGCUCCAGCUCGCUGGGCAGCGCUUCCACCGACUCGUACUUCGGCAAUGGCGGCGGCGGCGGCAGCAGCAGCGCCCGCUUGGCCGACUACAGCCCGCCCAGCCCGUCGCUCAGCUUCCCGCACCACAACGGAAACAACAACAACAACGGCUACGGCGUCUAUGGCGGCGGCGAGGUGCUCUCGUCGCCCGACUGCUGCGCCUCCGAGCUGCCGCCCUUCGAUUCCCCGCCCGGCUUCGACUUGGCGCCGGCGCCUCCGCCCGGCGCGCCGCUGCUCUGGUCGCAGUUCGAGCGCGGACCCUCGUCGCCCGGAGCCGUCGCGUUUCCCGCCGGUGGUGGCGGCGGCGCGCCUCCGGCGAACGCCAACCUGGCCUUGCUGGUGAGCAGCGGAGGGCAGAGGCGGGGCGCUGGGCCGCCUCCUCCUCCUCCUCCCCCCACUCGCCUUUCCCCGCCUCUGCACGUCGGGGCGGGAGGCGUGGCGCUCGAGCAGCACCCGCUGGCGCGCCGGGUGCGCAGCGAUCCGGGAGGCCGCCUCAUUGCCUACCCCCUGUACGCCAACGGGCUGGGCUGCCACUUGCCGGGCCUGCCGUCCGAUUCGUCGGCGUCCUCCUCCUCGUCGUCCAGCUCCUCUUCCAGCUCUUCCUGCUCGUCGUCGGGCCUGCGGAGGAAAGGCAGCCGCGACUGCUCGGUGUGUUUCGAGAGCGAGGUGAUCGCGGCGCUGGUGCCCUGCGGCCACAACCUCUUCUGCAUGGAGUGUGCCAACCGCAUCUGCGAGAAGACGGAGCCCCAGUGCCCCGUGUGCCACAGCGCCGUCACUCAGGCCAUCCGGAUCUUUUCCUAAGGGUCCCCAACCCGCGCUCCCUUUCUCCCUCUCAUGGGUGCCAACUUGAA